GUAUGGCUCGUGAACGGUUUUCUCUAAAGGCAGUAGUUCGGCCCAAUAUCUGGGCUUUGAAGCCCUAUCGAUGCGCCAGAGACGAUUACUCGACUGGCAUUUUACUUGACGCCAACGAAAACUCCUUUGGACCAUCUUUGCCCGCCGGUCAUCAACCACCGCUUCCCGCUUUAAGCAAUCCUAGUUACACAGACACUCACCUCGAGCGCUACCCUGACCCGUACCAGAAAGAAAUCAAGCAGUCGCUCGCAAACUUCCGGGGGCUUCCGUCUACCGAACACUUCUUUCUGGGUGUAGGAUCUGAUGAGAGCUUGGAUCUCAUAAUACGAGUUUUCUGUGUACCUGCUCGGGAUAAGGUGCUGAUAUGCCCCCCCACUUACGGAAUGUACUCGGUUUGCGCCCAGAUAAAUGAUGUUGAGGUCGUCAAAGUGCCGUUGGAUGUGGAAGGUGGAAAGUUUCAAUUGAAGACAGAUGAGAUCAAGAAGGCGGUGGAUGCCGACCCAUCGAUUAAAGUGAUCUUUUUGUGUUCACCAGGCAACCCUACUGGAACGCUUCUUAACCCCGAGGACAUCAAGGAAAUCUUGGACUAUGAAGGGUUCAGCGGGGUAGUUGUCGUGGAUGAAGCCUAUAUCGAUUUCUGUCCAAAAGGGUCUAGUGUUGCGCCCUGGGUUACCAAGUAUCCAAACUUGAUUGUGACACAAACGCUUUCCAAGGCUUUUGGGCUUGCAGGAAUCAGACUUGGCGUUGCUAUCUCAUCACCAGAGAUUGCUCAAAUCUUCAACAACACAAAGGCACCAUAUAACAUUUCCACACCAAGUUCCAUCCUGGCUCGCUCCGCAUUGACCGACGAAGGCAUUGCUCAAAUGCACGAACACAUCCGACGUAUCCUUGCAGAACGGUCCCGCCUUAUCGACGAGCUAAGCAAACUGAAAGGAGUUGGACAGAUUAUUGGGGGUAACCACGCCAACUUUGUCUUGGUGCCAAUAUUGGGAUCCAAUGAUAAGCCCGACAACCAACGAGCAUUCAGUAUCUACAAGGCAUUGGCAGAGUCAGAAGGGGUUGUAGUGAGAUAUCGUGGAACUGAAUUGGGCUGUGAGGGGUGUGUUAGGAUUACGAUUGGGACGGAAAAAGAAAACGACGUGUUGCUAAACAGACUACGAAAGCUUUUGCAAGAGUAGAAUCAUCAUUAGGUCGAUCGAUAUUCUUAGACCACUGUAUAAAAUAGUAUUGACAUUAUGCAUUAACGUGUAUCCUCUCCUUAUGUUGACUUGCCAAUUUGAGUGAAA